CCGACUCCCGGGCCAUGGCGUCGUCGUCGAGCGGGUGCCAUGGCGCCGCCACGGCGAAGCACCGGUGCGUGCUGCUGCGUUUCACCCGCGACAGCCUGCGCAUCCCCGAUGAGCUCGCCGCGGAGAUAGCCGCCGAGGAGGCCCUCGUCGUCGGCUCGCACAGCAAGGUCUGGCGCGUCGGGAUCGGAUGGGACGGCGACGGCGCGUUACUGGGGCGCGGGUGGCGCGCAUUCGCGGCCGCGUGCGGGGUCGAAUCCGGGUGGUUCUUGGUCCUCCGCCACCGCAGCCGCGGCUUGCUCACCCUCAAGGCCUUCGACGAUGACCGCUGCCUCACGGAGCUCGGCGCUCAAACAACUGCGCCUGCAGUUGAAGCAACCACGAAUUACAAAGGCGCUUCCCGUAAGCCACAAUUCAUCAAUGUGUUUCCUACGAAGUCCAUGGGAAAGAUGCUAAUACCUGCUAGGUUUGCGCAACAUUACAUCCCUAAAGACCACCUGAACAAUCGCAUGGUCAUCAUUUCAGGACCCCUUGGAAAAGUUUGUCCAAUUGAGCUCGAGAUGAAUCAGUCAAGCAUGUUCUUCGCAGGUGGUUGGUCACAGUUUAUGGCGUUUCAUGGCAUCACUGAGGCUGAUGCUCUGCUGUUAAGGUAUGAGGGUAACAUGGCAUUUACAAUUAAAGUGUUGGGCUGAUGGAUGCCAAAGAGAGUCCAUGCACAAGGAUGGCAGAAUGCAACAAAAUGAGCUAGAGAUAACAUCAACAUUACCAGAUACUGAAAGGCAGCUGGCAGCAGGAAAUCUCUUCUGCUUCCAGUAGGAAGUGUCAGAGCAUGAACAAUUGGCCCGAUACUGAUGGACAAAGGAGGCCAAAAGGCUUUGUGACUCCUUCGAAGAAGAAAAAGAACAAGAGUUCAGAGACGAAUUGUGCCUACGAUCUGGGACCACCUGCGUGGUUGACGAAGAAAAUGAACGCUAGCAUGAUGAGCAAACAUCAUCUUUCUCUACCGCGCCCCCUUCUGCAACGCAAUUGGUUUCCGGAAGCGUUGCAUGAUUACACUCCAGGACUCCAUGGGCAGCACCAGUUCUUGGCAGGUGCGCGGUCUCCCUUACAAGAAUGGCGGCUGCCAGCUUGGAUCGGGUUGGAAGAAGGUUUGCCAGGAUACUGGGCUCAAGUACGGGGACGUCAUCACCCUCAAAGUCAUCAAAACCAGGCUGUGGGAUGUCAUCAUCAUGCGUUCUUAGUCUAAGGACCAGACAGUAUAUAUAUCAGUACAUCCUUGGCUUUUGUUAGAAACAUUGGAUGCUAGUGAUCACCUUAUGCUAGGUACAGGUGCCGCCUUAUGCUGAUAGUGAUGGCCUUCACUAGGUCAACUAAAAAACCAUCACGGGUGAGUUGUAUAGCGAUGUCCUUUGUCUAAUGCAUGGAAUUAUCAUGUACUAAGUUAUGUCGGACCAUGACGGAGAAAUGCAUGAAAAGCGACCGGCUUUAGUACGUUCCUGAAA